AUGGUCAACUUCAAGAAGCCGUUCGGUUCAUCUUUCUUCUUCUCCACUGAUCGUGAGAAGGCUAUUUACUGUGGCGAAAAACCCCUGGGCCUGUUCACGACCGUGGAAGCAAGUUCUUCUGUCGAGGCCGAUGUCCCAUACCACAAUCUUCUCUCUAAUACUGAGAAGGAUGAACUGGAAGAAUGCCUGGGUCGUUCGUACCUUCGCUGCUGGCGGGACGAUGUUAUGAGACUAUGA